UCAACCAAAUCCUUAUUCUCACCAAUCACAACACAAAACAAACAAAACGAAACCAAAGAAACACACCCUCUCAAUUCACUAACCACAUACCACACUACUUUCUUCUCUCAACGCCAAAAAUGGCGUCUUUACAACACACCGCAGCUUCACUUCACUCCAAACCCAUCCCCAAAAUCACAAACAACCUCACCACAAAACCCAUCCUCAAUCUCUCCCUUUCCACCACCACCUUCACCUCCCUCAUCCUCAAAUCCUCCCUCAACAAAAACGCCUCAACCCGCCGCUCCACCGGCGGAGCACUCGGAUCCAGAAUGUCUGCCACCGCCGCCUCCAGCUACGCCACCGCUUUAGCCGAUUUAGCACAAUCAAACAACACACUCGACGCCACAACCGCUGACGUCGAGAAAAUCGAGGAACUAUUUUCUGACCCCAAGGUGUUCGAUUAUUUCUCCAGCCCAAUUAUCGAAGAUUCCACCAAAGUAAAAUUAAUUAAAGAGUUUGCCACGUCAUCAGGGUUCCAACCACACACACAAAACUUCCUCAACAUCUUGAUUGAAGCAAAGAGGAUCGACAUCAUCACUGAGAUUGUUAAGGAAUUUGAACUUGUUUACAAUUCUUUGACUGAUACAGAGCUUGUUGUUGUUACUUCAGUGGUGAAGUUGGAGUCACAGCAUUUGGCACAGAUUGCAAAACAGGUUCAGAAACUCACUGGUGCUAAAAAUGUGAGGAUUAAAACCCUUCUUGAUUCAAGUUUGGUGGCUGGUUUCACUGUCAGGUAUGGAAAUGCUGGCUCUAAGUUUAUUGAUUUGAGUGUUAAGAAGAAACUUGAGGAAAUUGCUGCUCAAAUUGCUUUGGGUGAUAUCAAACUUGCUGUAUGAGAGCAUCCUUCAUGCUUCCCUUCAAUUAUUAUUUUUUUGGGUUAUUAUUAUAAAGUAUAUGUAUGUAUGUAUGAAAUUAUGAUUAUCAUUAUGAAUCCUCAAGUUUGCACAACCUUCUUUGUUCUUACAAUAA